GAGAAGAAAACUUAGUUUCAAGAACUAGUUGGGUUUGAUGUAUUCCGUGCCCUUCAUCUUAUUACUCAGCGUUGACUGGGAGCCUCUAAGUGCCCCACUGAUUGACUGGUCCACAUCUGUUUCCAGGCCCUUGCCGUUGGAAAUCAGAAAAUGAUCAAUUCCACCACCACACCACCUGCAGAGGGGGUCUGCUCCUGGAACUCCCUGGUAACCCAGUAUAUCAUCCCUGUGCUGUACUGCAUGGUCUUCAUCGUGGGGAUCCUGCUCAACGGAGUGUCCGGAUGGAUAUUCUUGUACACGCCCAGCUCCAAGAGUUUCAUCGUCUAUCUCAAAAACAUCGUUGUUGCUGACUUCCUGAUGAGCCUGACUUUUCCUUUCAAGAUCCUCAGCGACGCAGGCGUCGGCCCCGGGCAGCUGAAUGUGUUUGUAUGUAGGGUUUCUGCCGUGUUCUUCUACACCAACAUGUAUGUCAGCAUCAUGUUCUUUGGCCUCAUCAGCUUCGACAGAUACUAUAAAAUCGUCAAGCCUCGUCUGACUUCUUCCAUCCAGUCAGUGAAGUACAGUAAAGCCCUGUCCGUGAUGGUGUGGAUGCUGAUCCUCCUUCUCAGCAUCCCAAACAUUAUUCUGACCAACCAGACUGCUGGGGAGAAGACGUGUAUAGAAUGUAUGAAACUGAAAAACCAACUGGGACGGAAGUGGCACAAAGCGUCCAGCUACAUCUGUGUGAGCAUUUUCUGGAUAGUGUCUUCUCUGCUAAUCAUCUUCUAUGCUGCUAUCACAAGAAAAAUCUUUAAGUCCCAGCUUAAGUCCGGAGGGAAUUCUAUUUCGGUCAAGAAGAGAUCUAGCCGCAACAUAUUCAGCAUUGUGUUCGUAUUUGUCAUCUGCUUUGUGCCUUACCACGUUGCCAGAAUCCCUUAUACAAAGAGUCAAACAGAAGCUCAUCACAGCUACCAGUCAAAAGAAAUCUUGCUCUACUUGAAAGAAUUCACUCUGCUACUGUCUGCUGCGAAUGUAUGUCUGGAUCCCAUUAUUUAUUUCUUUCUAUGCCAACCAUUCAGAGAAACCUUAUGUAAGAAAUUGAACAUCCCAUUAAAAGCUCAGCAUGAUCUAGAAACUUCCAAAACCAAAAGGGAAAAUACAGCACAUGAAAGCACAGAUAUUUUAUGAAUUCCUCCACGCUUCCAAAUAAAGUCCAGGUAUGCAUGCUGUAAUCUCCAACUACAGAGUAAGAGAAAUCCAUAAGAAACGUACCCAUGACAGUAAGCUUCAUCUCUAGGCAUUACUAUCCAAUUCAGUACAAUAAUAAAAUAAAAUGUGUGCUUUAUUGUGACAUCAAAGAAAAAAUAUCCAUCAGCAGAUUUUUGUUUGCAUACUGAAAUUUAUUCUUUCUGUUAAUAAAAGAGAAAGAAAGAAUACACACAUCAUUCAAUCCUGCUCCAUCAAAAUACAAGGUUUAAGUUUACAGCUCUAGUCUAGUCAGUGAACACAGAAUUUUAAAUAGUACAGAAAGCAAUCUAAGACAACUAACAGGCACGUGUUUUUCUUUCAACAUAAGAAUUAAGUUUGUAAGUUAUAUGGUUUUCUUUAAUAGGGUCAUUAAAGACCAAGUUAAAUGCAGGCACAGUUUGAUGAAGGGCUAGAGGCUUGAUUGUAAUGAAAAAGUCAAGAUGUCUCUGAUUUCAAGAAGCCAGGUAAGCAGAUAACCACUUAAGAAUCCCCUGAUUAAUCUCAUGGCAUUUUUCAAAGGAAAGCAGACAUAAAUUAUGUACUUUGCUAGAAGAACGCAAUUCUUUUUCUGAAAAAAAUUAGAGGACAAUAUAAGAUACGUGUUAAAUAUGUUUUAUAUGAAGACUUGUUAAGCCACUUAGUGACCUGGGGGCUUUAGUGUUCAAACAGUUUUCUGUGGACUCCACAGAGGGAAGCUUAAUAUUAGCAUGAGUUGCCAGCAACCUCCCAUUAAGUGGUAUGGAAAACAAUAGAGUAACCUGGAAAUAGAAUGACACCCACGCACACAUACUAGAGACCUGCAACAUACUAUUCUCUUAGAAAACCACUGGACUUGAUGAAAAGAAAAUCUAAAACUUACAAUAAUGAGUGAGAAAUAAGAACGUGAAAUAAAAAUUCAUUUAUUACAUUUUCUGGGAAACAGACGAAUUUAAUUUGUGAAGAUACAUGAUAAGGCUGUCUGCUUGUGAGUUAUUAAAGUGAAGUUCUUUCUCUGCUAUGAACUGGCUAGAACAUAUUCAGCCCAUCUUUCAAACGUUCUUGUCAGACAUUUCUGUAAGUAAUGCUUGGAUAUACGUCAUGCUUUACUACGUACUAAUAAAGCAAUUAUUUUUAAUUUUGUCUUUUUUUUAAAUCAAGUUAAAUGAGAGAACAUUACAAGAUUUCUUCAUAGUCAAGUCAUGGGUAGUUUCUUUAAUAUGCUCAAUUAUGCAUACUGCCCAGCAAAUCCAAAAAUUCUAUUUGCCACUGAUAUUUCAAAAAUACGGGUUUUAUAUGCGCUAGGGUCUCAUUGCAUUUUAGGCAAAACUCAGAAGGCACAUCCUCAGUGUGUGAUGGAGGAAAAGCUGGGAAAGUUUUCACCCUCUCUACUCACUUUCCACCCUUGUAACGGCUCCCUGCUCCCAAUUC